CCCCUUCCCCUCCUCUCCUCCCAGCCCUGCCCUCCCUCGCCCGGCCCCAUCCCUUCCCCUUUCCCUUCCCCUCCCCGCCCCGUCCCUCCCCCUGCAGCCGCCCCGGGACCGGGUUGUGGGAUCGGGGCAGGACGGGGACGCGAUCGCUCCCCGCCGCAGCCGCAUCAGAGCGCGCCAUAAAUCCUCCCUCAGCCUUCCCAGAGGAGCUUUGGCUUUGUGCUCUCCGAGGAGCCCAGGCUGGAGGCGAUCUCCCCGGGGUGCUGAGCGCCCUACGGCUCGGGGCACCCCCCCUUCUUGCAGGAUGGACCUCCCGGACCCCACCGCCCUCCCCAAGCACAUCUUGGACAUCUGGGUCAUCGUCCUCAUCAUCCUGGCCACCGUCCUCGUCAUGACGGCCCUGGUGCUCUGCCCGGCCACCGCCGUCAUCAUCUAUCGGGUGCGGACUCACCCCACGCGCAACAGCAUCGUGUGAGCCCGGGCUGGGCACCAGGAGAUGGGGCAGGAGCCGGGCUGAAGGCACCGAGCCCCCCCCCGGCAGCAGCAGGGAGCCCGUGGCCCCGGAGCUGGGGGGCUGUGGGGACGGGGAGGUGACGCCUGGAUGGUCCCACGGUGCCGAGCUCGCCUUUGCUGGUGACCCCGGCUCCUCGCAGCUGUGUUAUUUCCCCAUCGGGACCCUCCCUGGGAUCAGCAGCUGGGCAGCAACGGCCCUAAAUGCCCGGCAAAGCUGCUCCCUCCUGGGUGACCCAGCUCUGGGGGUGCUUGGAAAAGAGGAGUGGAAGCAGGAGGAGGGAUGCGGCUUCUGGUUGCGCAUCCAGAAACUCUGCUAAAGAGUCGGUGAAGGAGCCCGUGCCUGCUGCAGGGCAGAGCAGCAGCUGGCAGCAGCUUUUCCACGUCCCAGGCUAUCUGCUGAAACUACAGGAAAACCCUGUGGGGCGCUUGGGUCCUGCGCAUCUCACGGGGUUGAGGAGCGUGGGCAGCCCGUGCCCACGUGCCCCUCGCCUGCCCCAGCUCCCUGUGGCACAGGCAGCAAAAGGAGCUCGUGCCCAGGCACUGAGAAGGGCCGAAAAUCUUUUAGACUACUCAAAAAUAAACAGGACUUGGCUCCA